CACUAGUAGAAUCACGUUGUCGUGUUUGAAAAAAAAAGCGCUACAAAAAUUUAUUUUUGGAUAUUUCGUGCGUUAAUUGUGGCAAAAUUACGUUUUGAGUGGUUGUCAACAUUGUCAGAGCGUAAAACAGAUCGAAAUGUCUUGGUUAUUAGGUAGAAAUCGUCAGCAGCCAGCAGCGGACUUUGGUGGUGCCGAUGGAGCUGAUAAUCCAGAGGGCAAAACUGCCGGCGAGCGUGGAGGUGACACGCAACUUACAAAGGCCGAGCGCAAGGCUAUGGAGGCAUAUAGGUUUGAUUCCUCAGCGCUGGAACGUGCCGCGGAUGCUGCCAAAACGCUGGAACGGUCAAAACAUGCGCGAGAAGCACUGGAGUUGUCCAAGAUGCAGGAGAGCACUAGGCAGCAGGAGUACAAUACCAAGGUCAAGGAAUAUGAGGCGCACAUCGAGCAGGCAAAGGUGGAGCAGAAGCGUAUCGAUCAUGAGGAGCGACGCAAGACGCUUAUCGAAGAGACCAAACAGCAGCAACAGCGUGCCCAAUAUCAGGAUCAAUUAUCGCGCAAACGUUAUGAGGAUCAGCUCGUACAACAGCAGCGAGUCCAGGAGGACAAUCUACGCAAGCAGGAGGAGAGUGUGCAGCGUCAGGAGGCAAUGCGUCGUCAAACCAUUGAGCAUGAAAUUGAAAUGAAGGAGAAGAACCGUCUUAAGCUACUGGAGCAUGAGCUGCGCGCUAAGGCUCGUGUGGAUCGCGAGAAUCGUGACAUUAAUCUGGAGAAGAUUCGUCUGAAAGCAGAGGAGCAUCGUACCACAGUCCUCGAGGGUAUACGCACUGCUGGUUCCGUGAUUGGUGCCGGUGCCGAAGCCAUGUUGACCGAUUGGGAUAAGGUGCUGACUGCUGCCGGUGGCUUGUCGCUGCUUGCCUUGGGCGUGUACAGUGCUAAGGGUGCAACUGGUGUUGUUUCACGUUACAUUGAGGCGCGGAUCGGUAAGCCCACGCUUGUGGGUGAAACAUCACGUUUUGCUUUCCUUGAUGCCCUCAAGCAUCCGGUCAACUACAUCAAACGCUUGCGUGCCAAGCCCGCUGAUGCCCUUCAGGGUGUAGUGCUGAAUCCCAAGCUGGAGGAGCGACUGCGUGACAUUGCAAUUGCAACGAAAAAUACGCGCAUCAAUCGCGGUUUAUAUCGCAAUGUGUUGAUGCAUGGACCGCCCGGAACGGGUAAGACCAUGUUUGCUAAAAAGCUGGCCGAGCAUUCUGGUAUGGAUUUUGCCAUCAUGACCGGUGGUGAUGUCGCGCCCAUGGGCAAAGAGGGCGUUACGGCCAUACAUAAGGUGUUCGAUUGGUCAAACACCUCAAGACGCGGUCUGUUGCUGUUCGUUGACGAGGCGGACGCCUUUUUGCGUAAGCGUUCAUCGGAAAAGAUAUCGGAGGAUUUGCGUGCUGCGCUUAAUGCUUUCCUGUAUAGGACAUCGGAACAGAAUCCCAAAUUCAUGCUUGUGCUGGCGUCGAAUACGCCCGAACAAUUUGAUUAUGCCAUCAAUGAUCGUCUCGAUGAGAUGGUGGAGUUCACUUUGCCCGGUCUUGAGGAACGUGAGCGUCUACUCCGUUUGUACUUUGAUAAAUACGUGCUGCAGCCUGCGGCAUCCGGGGCCAAGCGAUUUAAACUGGACACCUUCGACUAUGGCGAGACGUGCUCCAAAAUGGCACAGCUAUGCGAGGGCAUGUCGGGUCGUGAAAUAUCCAAAUUGGGCGUGGCAUGGCAAGCUGCUGUUUACGCUUCCGAAGAUGGUUUGUUAACUGAAAAAAUGGUACUAGACAGAUGUAAUGAUGCUGCCCAGCAGCACAAACAGAAGAUGGCCUGGUUAUCAGAGCAUGAGCGUUCCGACCACAAAUCUAUAACCGGCUCGGAAGCCGCUAAACCACCGCUAACGCUCAGUUCUUAUAAACUGUGAGUUGGAUCUGCCGGAUCUGUUUGUUGACUAGCACUCAAAAUUUGUUUAGUUUUAAAAUGAACUAAUGUUAAGUAAAACGCGCAAAGCUUUUUCUGGUCACUCGAUCCUUCGGUGUGUAUAUACAUGUGUGUAGACAUGCAUUUACUAUUGUACUAAACUAUUGCAAGACUGCCAGCAAUUAUUAAUACAAUUAAGUUUUUCUUGCUGAUAAUUGUAUUGUAAAAUAUCUUUGCAUCUUGAUUGUUUAUUGUACAAAUCGCUCAAGAGCUAUUCUUUUUGCGAAUUAAAGCUUUGGAAAUAGUUUUAAAAAUUAAUGCCGAUUGCUAACAGCAAUUUUCAAUUGGUCACGUCAGCACUGUGAGAGAUUUAUAUUAAACUUCUCGCUGGCGGUACCAUAAUUUUGACUAAUUUGGCCAGUGUUUUCCUGAUACAGAAUUCAUUAUCUAAUAAAAAUAUAAUUGUUAAA